UUCUUAUUGGGGGCAGCUGGAGGGUGUUCGUCGGUAGAGUAGGAGACUGUUAACCCCUUCGGCCAAUUGGCGAGAAUUGGGUAGCUCACCACCCCUCCGGCAGGGAGCGGAGGUUUUGAGCUUCCUACCAUUGAUAUGAGAAAAGUGGGACUCCCUAUGGGCAAGACUGGGGAGACAGCCCCCCCAUAUUGGAAGCAAACGUGGGUGCACAGCACAUCUCCCCGCAGCCGCCUUCCUCCCCCAGAACUUGUUUCCGGCCUGCGAGCUUCUGCGAGAUGUUACUGUUCGCGUUGCUGCUGCCCCUGUGCUGGGCCGUGGAGGUCAAGAGGCCCCGGGGCGUCUCCCUCACCAACCAUCACUUCUAUGAUGAGUCCAAACCUUUCACUUGCCUGGACGGCUCUGCCACCAUCCCUUUUGAUCACGUCAAUGAUGACUACUGUGACUGCAAGGAUGGCUCAGAUGAACCAGGUACGGCUGCCUGUCCUAAUGGCAGCUUUCACUGCACCAACACUGGCUACAAGCCCCUGUACAUCGCCUCCAGAUGGGUCAACGAUGGAGUUUGUGACUGCUGUGAUGGGACGGAUGAAUACAACAGCGGGAUCGUCUGUGAGAACACCUGCAAAGAGAAGGGCCGAAAGGAGAGAGAGACGCUGCAACAGAUGGCAGAGGUCACGCGGGAGGGGUUCCGCCUGAAGAAGAUCCUCAUCGAGGACUGGAAGAAGGCUCGGGAGGAGAAGCAGGAAAAGCUCGCUGAGCUGCAGGCUGGAAAGAAGUCUCUGGAGGACCAGGUGGAGAUGCUGCGUGUGGUGAAGGAGGAGGCCGAAAAGCCGGAGAAGGAGGCCAAAGACCAGCACCAGAAGCGGUGGGAAGAGCAGCAGGCCGCCACCAAGGCCCAGCGGGAACAGGAGCUGGCGGCCAACGCCUUCCAGGAGCUGGACGACGAUAUGGAUGGGGCGGUCUCGGUCACCGAGCUGCAGACCCAUCCAGAGCUGGACAGUGACGGUGACGGGGCACUAUCGGAAGCGGAAGCUCAGGCCCUCCUUGGGGGAGACGUGCAGACUGACGCCGCUGCCUUCUAUGACCGCGUCUGGGCUGCCAUCAGGGACAAGUACCGGUCUGAGGUGCUACCCACCAGCCCCCCACCCGCGCCUUCUGAGCCUGACCUGACAGAGCCCCGGGAGGAGCAGCCUGCAGUGCCCCCGCCACCCGUGGAAGAGGAGGAAGAGGACGAGGAAGGAGAGGAGACAGACGAGGAGGAGGAGGAGGAGGAGGAGGAGGAGGAAGAUUCCCAGGUGCAGGGGGAGCAGCCUAAGGAGGCCCCGCCCCCGCUGGUUCCCCCGCAGCCUGCCCCCAGCCCCCCUGAAGAGGACAAAAUGCCGCCCUACGAUGAGCAGACUCAGGCCUUCAUUGACGCCGCCCAGGAGGCCCGCAACAAGUUUGAGGAGGCUGAGCGGUCCUUGAGGGACAUGGAGGAGUCCAUCAGGAACUUGGAGCAGGAGAUUUCGUUUGACUUCGGCCCCAAUGGAGAGUUUGCCUACCUGUACAGCCAGUGCUACGAGCUUGCCACCAACGAGUACAUCUACCGGCUCUGUCCCUUCAAGCUCGUCUCUCAGAAGCCCAAACUCGGCGGCUCCCCCACCAGCCUCGGCACCUGGGGCUCGUGGGCUGGCCCUGACCACGACAAGUUCAGUGCCAUGAAGUACGAGCAGGGAACGGGCUGCUGGCAGGGCCCCAACCGCUCCACCACCGUGCGCCUGCUGUGUGGAAAGGAGACAGUGGUGACCAGCACGACGGAGCCCAGUCGCUGCGAGUACCUCAUGGAGCUGAUGACGCCAGCCGCCUGCCCGGAGCCGCCGCCCGAACCACCUGCUGAUGGCGACCACGACGAGCUCUAGCCCUUCUGGGCCCCGAGAACCUCAAGGCAUGGGAACCUCCCCAGCGGGGCCGCCCACCCACCCCGCGGUCUGUGGACCAAGGCCCGCCCCUCCCCGGUCUCUUCACCCUCCCCGCGGGGGCAGGAACCGUGUGGAGCUCCGUGCCCUGCUCUCUCUCGGGGGGGCCAGGCAGGGCACAGCCACGUUCCCAGGCCCUGGUGGCCUCCAAAGGUGGAAUAAAGGAGUUCGCCCACCCCGGGCGCCCCACCCCCACCCCGCCCAUGGCGUCUGCCUCCCUUUCUGGUGGGGAUGAGUGACUUUGACCUGUGACCUCAAAACAAUAAACACGAUCCCCCCACAACCAGGCUGUGUCUGCCUUGCUUUGCUCAGGUGUGAGCGGGCCAGGGAUGGGCCAAGGGUGGAAUUCAGGAGAAGCAGCUUUCUCCUCCAUCUGGUGGCUCCACAGCGGGGGUCCCAUCAGAGCCUGAUUCACAUCGGAGAUGCUGUGUGGGCCACGGAGCAGAGCCCAGCACCGCAGGGCGCGCGGACCCCGGGCCGCAUUCUUCAGGGUUCCCCCACCCCCACCCCGCACCAGUUUCCCACCCAUCCUGAGCCCCAGGUGUGCGGUGGCAAGGCCCGGGGAGGGACAGCGGCUGGGGUGUGGCCGCGCAGCUCUGGCCAGUGACGCCCACUCCCAAUGCUCCCACCUACUGGCACACAAGACAGCCGAGGCCGUAAGAUUCUGAACUUUUAUUUUCUGGCAUGAAAAGUACAAAUAAUUAAACAAUUCCAUGUAAAAGUCUGUUACCGCGGCCAGGCCUGUAAUCCCGGUAAUAAAUAGUCUAAACGCAA